GUGCUGGGCUUAGUGCCAUAGGAGUGCCACUCGUGUUCAGGACACCAGACGCUAAACAGCAUGGCGGACUCCACGCCCCGCAUCCUCAUGAUCGACCCGUCCCUGGUGUUCCGGCCGGAGGAAGCCAUCAAGAAGUCAGGAUGGAACUUCAGGAACUUCCCUGAGGAUUCCGACGACCCUCAGCUGAAGAAGGUCAAGGAAACCUAUGUGAAGAUGCACACGAACCAGACGCUGGACUACGUCAAGAAGAAGCACGAGCACUGGCGGAAGUUCGACAAGUUCGAGGCGACCAUCCUGGAAGCGCUGCAGAAGCUGAACUCGCUGGUGGACGAGAGCGACCCCGACGUGUCGGUGCCCAACAUCGUGCACGCCUUCCAGACCGCCGAACGCAUCCGCGCCGCCCACCCCGACAAGGACUGGCUGCAGCUCACGGGCCUCAUCCACGACCUGGGCAAGGUGAUGGCGUUCUACGGCGAGCCUCAGUUCUCCACCGUCGGCGACACCUUCGUGGUCGGCUGCGAGGUCGGGAAGUCCGUCGUCUACAGGGACACGACCUUCCACGACAACCCCGAUAUGAAGGACCCGAAACUUAAUUCCAAAUACGGAAUUUACGAACCCAACUGCGGCCUCAGCAAUGUGUACCUGUCUUGGGGCCACGACGAGUACUUGUACCACGUCCUCAAGCACAACAAGUCCACGCUGCCUGAAGAAGGACUCUACAUGAUUAGAUUCCACUCCUUCUACCCCUGGCACACGGGCGGCGACUACAUGCACCUGUGCGACAACCGCGACCUGGAGAUGCUCCCCUGGAUCAGGGAAUUCAAUAAAUUCGACCUGUACACCAAAAAGGAGGAAUCGCCUGACAUGGAAGCCCUGAUCCCUUAUUAUCAGUCUAUCAUCGACAAGUACUGUCCGGGCAUCCUGAAGUGGUAAGGAGCUACUAAAACUACGAGAUUUGCCGAAGCGACGAGCUAAUGUCUACUGAAACUAAGAUUUGCCGAAAGUACUAGUUAAUGGUCUAUUGAAACUACAAGUUAAGGACUACUGUUGUUACAAGGGAAGAUCUACUGAAACUACAAAUUAAGGACGACUGAACCAACAAGCUAAGAUCUAUUUGAAACUAUAAACUAAUGACUUCUGUAACUACAAGCUAAGGUCUACUGAAACUACAAACGAAGCUUACCGAAAGUACAAGCUUAAGGUCUGUUGAAACUGCAAGCUAAGACCCACUGAAACCACAAAAUAAAAACUACUUGCGAAGAUUUACUGAAACGAAUAAAACCACAAACGACUGAAACGAAUCAGAAACGAAACGGCUUGUUCCAGGAAGACAUGGGGUUAUGUUAAUCCACUAGACCAAUGAACCGCAAAAGCAAUGACUUAAGUGUGAGUUAAAAUGGGUUACGUGAUUAUGUGACCUGUUGUGCAAGAGACAGAAGAUUCUCUUUAUGUUAUUAUUUACUUUUUUUAGUAAUAUCUGAUAUUCAGAUAGACUAAAAAAGAUCAUGUAUUGUAUUAAUCCAUUCACUAUUCUGUGUUCUUUACUGGGGAAAGAGGAAAGGGUCAAUAAUAAUAGUCAUCCUACCAA